AUGAAGGAGUUUCCGAGAAAGUUCCUCAGCUUGCGCGACAAGAAUGGCUCCAGCCGUCGAUCUAAGUCGGCUGCGCCAGCGUCACCCCUUCCAGCGAUUUCAGACAAGAACAAGCCUCGUCCACUUUCUACUGGGGCCUUUAUGGCGAUGUUCAAGAGCGAUAGUGCCAAGCAGGGAGCAAAAGCAGACGCAGACAAAGAGAAGGAAACCGCACGAGUCGAGGAGAUCCUACGACGAUUAGACGAACUGAAUAUUACCGACGUGACUGCCGACCACGUUACCGAUAUCAUGGCAACCAAAUUCGCAGACUACGACACCGGCAAGACUGUCGAGUUCAUUGAUAUGGAACAAAAAGCGGCGGCUGGAAUAAUCACCCCUUAUGAUCCCAGCGUGGAUAUGGUGGGAGCCGAAAACCGAGGCAAUGUUACUUGCUAUUUAGAUGCACUUUUGUUCUCCAUGUUUGCCAAGAUCGACGCUUUCGAGUGUAUGCUCAAGAACGACUUUCCAGAAGAAGACAACCGCAACAAACUCGUCAAUCUUUUGCGAAUGUGGACCAAACUAAUACAAGAUGCGCUGGCCGAUUGUGGCUGGUCAGAUGCCCGGAUGCUGGAACAGCAAGACACCUCUGAAGCUUUUGCUUUUAUCACAGAAACUUUACAGCUACCAUUGCUAUCCCUACAAGUCGACCUUUUCCACCAAGGAAAGAAGGACAAAGACGACCACAAAGUUGUGUAUGAGCGCCUCUUAAACCUGGCCAUACCCCCUGAUCCCGAAGAAAAGGGACUCAAACUGGAAGAUUGCCUCGAAGAGUACUUUAACGCUCAGGUGGAUGUCAAACGGGAUAGCGAGGAUGGAAAGAAGCUUGGAGUGGAAGAAAAAAGUCGAAGCAACACACCAACGCUGAAGCACAGGGACACGAUUCGAAUCAUUACUGAAGAACGCGGCGAGUCAUCUACACCAACAUCACCAAUGCCGAUUACACCAGUGGAAAGAACGCCAACGUUGGAAAAGGCACCUGUCCUUUCGCUCGCAGAUCCUGAUGUCAAAAAUGGCAAUGUUCCUGAUGAUGAAGCAGAAGGCGAAGUUACUGCUGUUGAGUUAGUGCCGAACAAACCCUCGUUGCGAGGAAGGUCAACAAGUGUUAUUCAACGUGUGGUUUUGGAUGAGGACGGCCGCCCUUCUACCCCUGACACGCCGACAAUGCUCCAGAAGGCUAUGCGUAAGGGUUCAACAGUCGUUAAGGCAGUCACCAUUCCUGCCUGGCAAUUUUUCAGACUUAUCCGUGAGUUAAAAUCCCCUGCCGUGAUACUGGGACAUGUGCUGACAAAACCUCAAGCUUGGCAUGCACUCUCAAGCACAGAGCCUCGAAACAAUACAGAGGUUGCGUUGAAUUUUGAACAACGUCCUGUUGUGGGCAUCUGUCUCAAACGCUACGCCAUGACUGAGUCUGGUCAGCCCAAGCGUCACAACACAUUUAUCGAUAUUCCUGAUAGUCUGCGGCUACCACAUUUCAUGCUUGCUGAUGAGCCGAAAGCCGAGGAAGAUAUGAACGUUCUCAACACGGACUAUAAGCUCGUCCUCCAGUCUGUUAUCUGCCAUCGAGGAGACUCUUUACAAAGCGGUCAUUAUGUUUCAUUUGCCCGAGUGGCUCCUAAGCUUUUGAAAGACAACCGGCGGCAUGAUUUUGACCCACCUCCUGAUUACGAGGAAGCACAAUGGGUCAAAUUCGAUGAUCUUCAGAUAGAGAGCCGGGUCACUUAUGUGGAUGACAUCAGAACUGCCCUUAAGGAGGAGAUGCCAUAUCUUCUGUUUUAUCAAGUCAUGCCAAUGGUCGAAGUCGCUCCCCCAUCGGUUGAUGAUGCGGAGACAGAACCUCCCUCAUACAAUGAUUCGAAAGUCAGUAUCGAGUUGCCGCCCACCCCUUCGCGAAGCCAGCGACUCGGCAGUCUCGAAGAGGGCUAUUUCGACAACACUCCCACGCUCGAGAACUACCGUCGCCUGUCCAGUAAACCACCCAGCAUUCGGCUUUCCAUGGACGGCGAGAGGCCAAGAAGGAGCGAGGAUGGCGCAGGACGUCUUCCAGGAUCACUUACCAACUCGCGACGCCCUAGUGCUGUCUGGACUGAAUCGGCACCACAUACGCCCAACCCUCACUCCCCAGCUAUAACACCCAGCGAGGAGUCAACUGCAUCGAGGCUAUCACGUGCAGCAUCUCGUUUCACACUGGUUAAUAGGAGUCGGCCAAGCAGCCAGAGCGGGGAGAAUCGCCUGAGCUUCUCUAUGAGCAGGCUAGGAGGACUAAUGCGACCCAGUAAAGACCUUUCGGCAGAGUCCAAGGACGAGCCUAACGGUAUCGGCAUGUCUUCACCAAAUUCAACAGGCGUCCUGACGGCAGAAACAUCUAAGGAGUCAAGAGAUUCAAAGGAGAUUUCAGACAGAACAGAGGUUCCGGCCGAAGCUGAGCCCGAGCCUGAGCAACGUCAUCACCGACAUCAUACCCACAAGCAUGGCCAUAAACGAGUCAAAUCGAAGGACAAGGUGAAGAACAAGGGCGACCAACCAGAACGAGAAUGCACCGUGAUGUAA